AUGGCGUUCCUCUGCUUGCUGUGCCACCAGGCCGGCCACAAGACGGCUGACUGCCCCGAUGGCAAGCAGCCUCGAGGCACCAACAAGCCGGGCCCUAAAGCAAUCCUGUCCUUCCCUCCCACGAGUGCCCAGAAGCAGCCCGACACGCUCUGCGACCGCUGCGAUGGCCUCCGGCUGCUCGACCUCUUGCUGCGCGAGGAUGUGCAGGACGAGCUCACGAGCGACUUUGAGUUGGCCAUUGACAACUAUCAGCUCUACCGCAGUCUGGGUUCGUACCGCAGCAUCGAGCUCGUCGACAGCUGCCCACUGUGCCGGCUGCUGUUCAGCAUCUUCCCGCCCGAAGACACAAACAUUGAGCCUUCAGACGAGUAUCUCCUCAAGCCGCUACGGACAUACAACCGGCUCGGAGGGUCCUUGAAAGGCGAGAAGAAGGCGCACCUGUACGAGCAGUACACGGUGUCCAUUUCCAUCAUCGCGAAGCCCAUGGUCAGCAGGCAGGCUGUGGAGCUCUUGGCCACCGCAGACUACCGGUUCAAGUACGAUACAUCGAUUGGUAUCGUGGGCCACCCGAGCUUGCCAUCGUCAGGGCCAUCACCGCCCUCGACUACCAGAAGCGGACUGCCUAUACGGGUGCGGGACCCUGUCGUCGAUUUCAAGACAAUUCAAUCUUGGCUUCACCGCUGCGAUGCCGAGCACUCUGACUGUAGAAAUGUGUGGGUCGACGAGCUCCUUACAACAAGCAUGAUCGAUGUACAGACGAUGACUAUCGUCCCCUGUCCGCCGAAUUGUGAGUACCUGGCACUCAGCUACGUAUGGGGCCCCAUCGUCCCCGAACCGAACGCGCUGAAGAAGGGCACGCUGCCCGCGACAAUUACCGAUGCCAUGGAGACCACCAAGCAGCUGGGCUUCCGCUACCUCUGGAUCGACGCACUUUGCAUCGACCAGGACCCAUCUUCACCCGUGAAAAUACAGCAGCUGAGCAUUAUGGACCGUAUCUAUGCUGGUGCCUACGCAACGCUAGUCGCCUUCUAUGGCGACAGCUCUCUUUUUGGCCUCCGGGGCACAACACAGGCGCGCGCUCGCACGGCCCAGCCGCGGGAAACAAUUGUCGAUUUCAAUGGCGACGGCUCGGCCUACGAAUUGUCCGCCAUGUACCCGACGAUGACGGCCGAGUGGGAGUACCCGACGUGCACGCACCGGACUCGCGCAUGGACUCUGCAAGAGGAAUACCUGAGCCAGCGGCUGAUCAUUUUCGGGCAGGAUCAGGUGCACUACCGGUGUCAGAACGUGAUCCUGCAGGAGACGGUCGACGAGACUAUAGACCCAGGCCAUGUUCUGGAUCUACUCGCAUUAGGCGAGGAAGAGAGUGGAGAGUAUUUCCGCGAACUUUCACGUAGCCGUGCCCUUGGAAGUGGAAGCAGCACCGGCAAACAGAGCGGUACCGGGCCAACCCCCGCUCGCCGCCGUCAGAUGGCCGCCACCCAGUUUGCGAGCUGCAUCAGUGAUUACACGGCCCGCAAGAUGGUGUAUGACCGCGACUCUCUCAAUGCCUGUCUCGGGAUGCUCAGCUUCCUACGCCGCAUGGCCGAUCUAAGCGAAUUUGUAUGGGGCCUACCGCUGCGGGACUUCCCCGUGUCGCUCAUGUGGUGUCACAGCGCCAGCUCCGGCACUGGCAACGCCAAACCAAAGCCACCUCGCCGCCGCCCGGCCUUCCCCUCAUGGUCAUUCGUUGGCUGGGAGGGCGAGGUCUCGUAUCUGCUUCCCGACAACCUGCUGCCGACGGCGGAAAAGACGGAACGCGUGCGCGAGGAUAUGGCCCGCAAGGAGAUGGCGCUCGACCUUUGCAUACAGUUUGUCGAUAUCCAGGACCAGACGCUCACCGUGGCUGGCUGGACGGUGCGCUUCGACAUCCAGACGGCGCCCUUCAGCACGGCAUUUGUGCCCGGAAAGCCCGAUGAGCCCAUUGGCAUGCUCACGCAAAACGACGAGCGGCACCCGACAUCGCUCCCUCCGGGCGUUUUUGACUUUGUGGUCGUGCAACGACUUACGCGCGACAUGGGCAACGGGCGAUUCCGGCAUGUGUUAUACCUGGUCAUGUUGGACGACAACGGGCCAGGUGCGGUGCCGUCGCGGCGGACGCUCGUGCAGUGGAAUGUCGAAAGCAGCUUCAUACCGACGCCAGCAUAUGAAGCCAUGUUGAAGCGGAACGACAAUAUUCAGAUGGUGUAG